AUGGCACAGCAGCCCAACAAGCAGCUUCCCUGCGAUUCUGAUGGUGUUUGCAUGAUCUGUAACAAGCCGCCUCUAGAAAUUGAAAUUCUUCAUUGCACAACAUGUGCAACUCCAUGGCAUGUUCCAUGUUUACCUCUCCUUCCCUUGAAAAUCUUUGAUUGGAUAUGCAUUGAUUGUUCUCAACCAGUGGAUAACAACCCCUUCACUGAUGCACCUACUUCUCCUAUCGCAUGUGGUCUUGGUUCUACCACCCAUGCCAUCGAGAAUGAUACUUCACUUACCGGUGAAGUAGCUAGGAAACAUCACAAACUCAUUGGUGGAUCUUCUAAACCACCUAUUGAAAACAACAACAAUUGCAAUGAGGUGUUUGAUGUAUUCAAUAGUAGGCUUAACUGCACUUUCUGUCAGCACUUGCCCGAGAGACCUAUCACUACACCAUGCGGGCACAAUUUUUGCCUGAAGUGUUUUAAGAAAUGGAUUAAGCAAGGAAAGCACAAUUGCUCGAAUUGUAGGGCUGAAAUUCCAGCAAAGAUGGUGAGUGAUCCACAAAUCAAUGUACAACUGGCGACCACCAUUCAAAUAGCUAGAUCAGAGAGUGUUGCACACCGGAAGAUAUUCGUGACGAUUCCAAAAGAUCAUUUUGGACCGAUUGUUGCUGAGAAUGAUCCAACAAGAAAACGCGGGGUUCUUGUUGGUGAUACAUGGGAGAGUUUGAUGGAAUGUAUGCAAUGGGGUGCUCAUUUUCCCCAUGAUGCCAGGAUUGCUGGUCAGAGUACUCAUGGUGCUCAAUCUGUUGCUCUAUCUGGUGGUUACAUUGACGACAUAGAUCAUGGUAAUUGGUUUCUUUAUAGUGGAAGGGAUCUUAGUGGUAGCAAACACACCCACAAAAAUCAGUCCUUUGAUAAAAAAAUUGAGAGAAAGAACGAGGCUUUGAGACUCAGUUGCCAAAAAGGUUAUCCUGUUCGCGUUGUAAGGUUCCACAUGAAGAAGCGUUCCUCUUACGCACCAAAAGCAGGAGUGAGAUACGAUGGGGUUUAUAGAAUAGAAAAAUGUUGGCGCAAAAUUGGAAAACAAGGUCAUAAGAUUUGUAGGUAUUUGUUUGUGAGGUGUGACAAUGAGCCUGCUCCAUGGAAAAGUGAUUUAUCCGGAGAUCGUCCCUGUCCACUACCUAUAAUUGAGGAGUUGAACGGUGCUGUUGAUAUUACUGAAAGGAAGGGUGAUCCAUCAUGGGACUUUCAUGAGGAAAAAGACUGUUGGCUAUGGAAGAAGCCUCCACCGCUAAGUAAGAAACCGGUGAAUAUUGUGGAUCCUAUCAAUGAAACAAAUAUAAAAGUUGAUAUGACAAAAGAAAAAAGGGUGUCCUUAAAAAUCAAGAAUAAGCUUUUGAAAGAGCUUGCUUGCAAUAUUUGCCGCAAGGUGUUGGCCUCCCCUCUUACUACACCUUGUGCUCACAACUUUUGCAAAGCCUGCUUGGAAGGUGUUUUUUCAAGCCAAAGUCAUAUAAGGGAGAGGGCAUCUCAAAGUGGAUUUUCUUUGCGGACAAAGAAAAACAUCAUGAAAUGUCCUACUUGUUCAGAUGACCUAGUGGAUUACCUUCCGCUUUUACAGGUUAACAGAGAUAUGAAGGGUAUCAUUGAGUCUCUCCAGAGAGAUGUUGAACACAUGGAGGAGAGUUCUGAUACAAAGUGA